AUGAUGGUCCUGACUUUACUAUUUUGUCUGCUUUCUUUUCAGUUUCAAUUACCUUUUGCUUUUCCUGCAAGAAACAUUUCUCUCAAAUGCAUGCAAGACACUGAUGAAUUCCUUUCUGAUCUGAAUUCGGUGGAGCCCAAAGAAUACGCUCUAAGAAUGUACGACUCUGUUGGGAAACUCGGGAGCAAUAUUCUCAGUGGAAACGUGGACAGGCUGGGGUCUUACAGUGAGUGCCUGUCCGCCCACGCCCCCUCGGGGAGCUUCCAAGGGCAGUACUGCAAGCUUCGCAUCCUGCAGGACGGUGCUGACUACAGUGUGGGCGUGUGUGUCCCAGAUUCUUGUGCCGAACAGGAUGUGACUGUCAUGUCUCGGCUGGAUAUUUUGAGAUUCAGAAAUGCUUCAUUUCUGGCUCCUCCUCUCCCUCUCUUUACCAUGAAUUCGUCCUCCUCGUCUGGUGGGAGUGUGGCCACAUGUGCUACUGGAAUGUUCCCCCUCGACACGUUUGUUGCCGUGUGUCUGUUCCUCGCCAUCCUUGGCCUCGUCCUUCCUCUGGCUGGAACCAUGUACGUGGCAGCCAGAGGGUGGGGAUCGGACCACAGGGUGUCCGCUGCACACGGGACACCUUUGGCCACUUACGGGACUCUGCCUUUGAGAGAGAUGGAGAGGCGUGAACAAAGAAACAGGACCCAAUGGACACGUUGCCUGGCCCAUCUCUCAUGUUCAGGAACCCCGAGCAGAGGAAACAGUAGGCAUUUUAAUGAACUAAGACCACUCGUGAGAGUUAAGCCAGAAGAUGGGGGAAGAGUAGAGGCCAAGACCUCUUGCUGCCCUGACCUCACUGGGUUCCAGGGGCCUGCUUCUAAUUGUCAGGUUGAAGCUGCUUCCAGUCCCACCUGGAAGGAGGUCGGGUUGCAGCCCCUUCACAUGUAUUCCGUGUGCUUGCUGGUUGCAUUGUUCUCCCUCGCUCCCUGGGGACCCGUCUGGGAAGUGCCCAAGUUCCACCUGGACAACUGCCGGCAAGCGUGGUGGACAAAUUUGCUGCUACUCAAUAACUUCCUGUCUGUCCAGAACUCGUGCAUCGGCUGGACGUGGUACCUUGCUAACGACUUCCAGUUCCAUCUCACAACACCAGUGGUCGUCUUGGUUCAUGGAAAAAGUAAACAUGUCCUUGUCCUCCUCGGGGCCCUGCUGUUCUUGGCGUCUUUCACGGCCACUGCUCUGCUCACAUGGGCUCAUGACCUUCCGGUGCCAGAUCCGUCAGAAGCAAGUGAGAAUGCGACUGCGUUGUAUUUCUUGGAGUACUACACUAAGCCCUACUGCAGAUUUGGGCCAUUCCUCGUGGGCCUCUUUCUGAGCAUUUUCAUGCACCAAAACCACCAGGCAAACAUUCUCCGAAGCAAGGUACAGGCUCUGCUGGGGUGGAUUUGCUCCCUGUCCAUCAUGUUCGCAGUGGUUGCUCUGGCGUACGCAGUGGAUGGCACCUCUGUCACCCCUUCAGUGGCAGCUGCUCUCUACCAGGCCGUCCACCGGACCCUGUGGGCAGUGGCUGUGGGCUGGGUCGUGUUUGCAUGUCAGGAAGGCUAUGGAGGUACGAUGCUCGUGUGA